AUGGUCAAGCUCCACGUGGGGUCGAUGGGCAAUCAAACUCCACAGCAGAAGGCCGGGUCUCAAAGCCUUCGAGUCAAGUGUACUAUACCCAACCGUGGCCACCAGAGUCUUCUCGCUAAUGUACUCCACAGUGGCCUCUCCGAGCUUAUAGGCAUCGUGACACAGCUUCAGAGAAAGAUUGCCGUGCUGGAACGACAACAGCAGGAGUCGACAAGCGAGGCCACGAUCGAACCGCACCACGAUAAUUUGCUCGUUCAAGAUAUUGCCGGCCCAGAGCAGAACAACCACAGCGCCACUCAAGCAGCAUCGCCUGUUUUCGCGGGUCCCACCAGUGCAGAUUUCAGCUUCCGUGUGGCAGAUAUCAUCCUUCAGCGAGAGAGUGGAACAGAGGCUGGAAGGUCUUGGGUGAAUGCAGAUUUGGCGGCUUCGGUCAGUGACGACGAAGAUGGAGACAACUCUGAACGUUUGCAACUCACGACAACCUCGUCAUCCUUACAUGGGCUACAGCUGCAGGAUGCGCUUCGAUUGAUCCAAGUUUACCACGAGUCUAUUGACAUUCUGCAUCCACUGGUGAACACAGAGUCAUUACAGCGGCUCGCGAGCACGCUCUUCCCCAAUGAGGGUCAUGCUGCAGCGCCCGAUGCAGCCCCCUUGUCAGCAGGCGUGGACAUUGCGCAUCUAGAGAUGGCAAUUGCGAUCGCUUUGCUUGCUGAAGGCGGAGGUUAUAGUCCAGUAGCGAGGAAAAUCCACAACGAUCUGAUCCCAAUCAUCACUAAUCACAUAUUGGGACGAACAUUUACCUUGGGGGGUCAAAUCCUCCUGCUUCUCACAGCGUUCUACCACCUGUUCCAAGACGAUUCUCGCCUUGCGUCUCGUUAUGUUGUCAUCGCAUCACGUAUUAUGGUCGAAGCUGGGCUACAUCUGAAAGAGAUACGACGGCGAUACUUCCCUUGUGACUCCGAGUACGCGAGGGUGCUUGUUGUGCUUUUCACCUGCAUGUAUCUUGAUCGCCAACUAAACUUCAACGCCGGACUGCCUCUGAGUUUGAAAGAUACCGAUAUCGACAUUCCCGAAAUGGAAACAAUGCCUCCAUACCUGAAAGCGAUGACCUCUUACAUGAGAAUGGGGCCCAGGGCCUGGGCUGCCGUGACGGAUGAGCGUGGCCAACUGAAAGGCCGGAUCAACAACGAAGAUUAUGAAUUUAUUGAUUUCCAAGUACGGCGCUGGGAGGAGAACCUGCCCAGAGAGCUGCGUAUCCGACGAGACAGCCCCGUGGCCGACCAAAUCGAUCCUCAAGCGUCGCUGAACCGGGGCACGCUGCUGCUACGGUUCGUCCUAUACUUGCGUGCGAAUCAGUUCAAGAUUGUCAUCAUGCGGCCCCUGUUGUUUUCCACGCAAACCUUCAACACCAACAUCGAGCAGGUGAAGCAUAUGACCCAGCUCGCAAAUGAUAGUAUCGAAAUGAUCGUCACAGCGGACAGGACGUACGGCCUGUAUGCGACGCAGCAGCCUCUUUUCAACCUUUUCUUGUCGUCCGCACUGUCUACAUUGCUCCUGAUCUACGUACACAGUUCUCCCGGUCGUGGAACGCUGGCCAGAUCUGACCAUCUUCCUGAGACGGGCAUGGCUGUGCAACAAGGAAUUGAAAGGGGGUUGAAACUGCUACGAUCAUACUCGCUAUCGCGCUCAUCGCAGCGUCUGUCAAAGAAAAUCGCAAGCCUGUUGCAACGUCUAGGAUUCUCCUUGUCAGGGACCGACAACCAGACCAGAGUGGGAGGCGCUCAUUCUGACCCGUCAAUGGAAGAUUGUCACUCCGUGAUCAACUCUGAGCGGCUGCAGCCAUUGGAAGUUUUCCCUUCGCAGGACUUGUCAGGCUGGAAUUGGUCCAACUUCCCGCCGUACGAUGGGCUGCCGAGUGGUAACACCUUUCAGUAUCCGGGCUCCAACAACCAGAAUUUCUCAUCUCUUGCGCUUCCGGAAAUGAAUCGCAUGCCUUUCUCGCAAGGCACCAAUCAAUUCAACAGUGAUGUGCUGCUGAGCUUCAUGAAUGAUUUUUCGGCCUAG